AUGGCCGACAGCCGUGUGGUGUUCAAGCAGGUUCAAAUUCGGCGUCAGAUUCGCCUAUGGGAAAGGACGUACCAGCCAGAAUACUACGUUGAGCACCUGCAUGCAAAGCUCGAUAGGGCGUAUGCUGUGUACAAAGAACUCCACAAGCAGCAAGAGGAGAUGAAGCAGACCUUAGGGGAAAGUCUUGCACAGCUAAUACGGAGGAUGUCUGGAAUAACGCAGUUGGAAAUCUAUGAUGAGCCGGUGACGGGAGGCCUCAAGAUCCUGGGCUGGAAUGCAUCUCAGUCUCCCACUUCAGGAAGGAAACUAGAUACCUCUCUAGACUUCUACAAGGACGUUAUAGAUAACCUCACUGAGAGGUUCACAGUUCCUUUCUUGAAGUGGGAAGACCAUGACUACCUGAAGGGCGACCACGUCCUUACAAUGGAGGACGUCGGUUUCGUGCGCAAGCUUUUGGUCUACCUUGGGACGGCCGGAAUCAAACUCACUCGACUUUCCAUCAAGCCAUCAGCGCCAAAGGACCUCUCAGGAAUCCAAAAGGAGAACAAGCUCCGGUCAGGCAAGGAGCUGACGGCAGUCAGUUCAUUCAUGAGCCCACUCAGUCGCAUGCCGAACUUGCAAGUGCUAGCCGUAGACUUUGAGGGCAUGGUGAAGGCCAGGGCACGGUGCACUCACUACAACCCGAUUCUCUCACAAACACCUCAGAGGCCUCUGAAGAAGCUCGCCCUCCGCUACGUCAACAUCAAGGGGCCUGCUUUUGAGAAGUUCCUCGCCAAUUUGAAUUCGUUGCUGGACCUGGUGAUAUACAAGUGCAAGAUGGUCGACGGGACUUGGCGCAAGCUCAUGGACACCAUCAAGGAGUUGGCCGAUCCGGCGAGACCGAGUGGCAAGCGUCUGAGGCUGCUUGAAUUUACGUUCCCCUCUGGGGCCGAAGUCGACUCACUGGGAAGCAAGCAUUUCGGGCACAUUUUCGGUUGGGGAGGAGGUUCAGGCAGGCUUACAGGCAACGGCGAGGAAAGGUUGAGUCUCGCGCGUGCGUAUGUCCUACACAAGUGCAACGUUGUGGAAAAUCCUCUUAGCACCCCAUCCAUUGUUCAAAUUUUGAAUUCCAACUAG